ACCAAUAGGAUAGGAGCCAAAAGCGCAGCAAACGAAGAAAAUAUAAAUUUGAUUUUGAAAUUUUUUUUUGCUGAUAAUAUAUUUUUGCUAAAAAAACAUUUAAAACCAAUAGAUUGUAAUUGUUUAGUGUGCCCUAGCGAAGUUGUAAGCUCUGUAGAUGAGUGAAAACUGCCGAACCGUGCGGGUGGCGUCGAUGGACUCAGUGUGAAAUUCGGCUCGAAAAACGACUCUGCACCGUAGAAUGUGACAGCAGUUUCCAGUUGGAAUUGCUUCGAAUCAAAAGAUUAUUUAUGAGAAGUUAAAUACCCAGAAUUUAUCCGUUCUGGCGAAUAAUGUGCGCAUGAUUUGAGUUUCUAUUGUGUUGGCUUAAUUUGUAAACAUUUAUUUGCUAAGUUAUUUCUAGUAAGCAAACGGCAGAAUGGACGUCGAUGAAGACUAUUCAUUUGAAAGUGCUGCCGAAGAAUUCGGAAUGCAUUCACUCGAAGAGGGUGGAUUUGUUGGUUCAGACGAUCUAGUCGAAUAUUCCGCCGGUGAAGACGAUUCAGAGGAAGAAAAGAAAUUUUUUAUAAAAACGGAGGAUUCCGUUGAAGAAAGUUUUCCGAAAUCAGUCAUAAACAGUUCAAAUAUAACAGUAAAACGUGUGUCAAACACCGGUAAACCCAUGGCACUACAAAGGGUUGCAUCUAAACCUGCAGUCAAUGUUGUUCGUACAACUAAUGCUGCUGGUAAAGUAGUAUUAAUACAAAAACAAUCAAGUUCCAGUGUUCCCGUAAAACUGCUUAACAAUACCAGGCCUGCGGCAAUGACGGCCAAUACUACUUCGUAUCACUUAGUCAAAAAUGAAAGCAGUGUUAUGAUGCGACCAAAACUAUCAGCUCAUUCAACUGUACGACGAGUGGUCGCAGCUGCCGUUCCAGAAUCUGUAUCCGCCGGAAAAAAAGCACCGACCCAUGUUGUUAUUCAGACAAAAUCGGGCACAGCCGGAACUAUCACAAAAACGGUAACUGUAGCGGAAGCACAUCAAAUGGGAUUAUUGAACAACAAAGUGAAACAAAUGGUAACAGUCGCAAAACCUAAACCCACAGGACCGUUUGCUGCCAAAUCACCAGUAAAAAUCAUGCCCAGCACUUCUGCUGGAAGCGCACCCGCUACUGGAACGUUAGUGAAACUUAAACAGUCACCUGGAUCUUCUGGGCAACCUCACAAGGUUCUCAUAAAAGCAAACCAGGGAGCAGCAACAACCAAGACUGUCGUACAGAAUCAAAAGUUAGUCCUGCCACACAGCACCGUUCAGGCAGGUCAACAAACGGGACAAAUACAAGCAAUAAACAUUCCCGGUAAGGGAAUACAGUACGUACGAUUUCUAAAUCAGAGUUCCGCAGGGCCAUCGUCUCGUCCUAUAACAGGGCGCAAAAUUGUACAAGUUGUAAAUAAACCCGCCUCGGUUGUCAGUACAACUGCAACGGGGUCAAAAGUAUUUGUGCAAAAUAAUAAGACAUAUGUGUUGAGUAAUGGAAAUAUGACGACUGCACGAACCGUUACCGCAACAUCGAUGCGAGCGACACCAUCCGGAUCGCAAACUUUAGUACGUAAAACAAUCGGUUUCCCGGAAGGUAACCAGAUUGGGUAUAUCAAAAAAGAACCGGAUUCUGCUCGUUACGUAGCCGUUGUCCGAAAAGAGGAUGGUCGAUCUCCAGAAACAGUCACAGCGCUAUCUGCCUCGCAAAUAAAUCAAUUGCAGGGUACGACUAUUACCACUGGAGGAUCAAAAACAAAGAUUGUUAUGGUUCCGUCUGAUUACGUAAAUAGACCUGUUAAAAACACUACUUUCGGGACGGCAAUCCAUGGUUCUACUAGUAAUCCACCGACAAUAAUUUCGGUUAAACGUGAAUCGAUGAGUGGGUCCGAGGAUGAGAAUCGGAAAGGGCCACCAGUAGGAACGGCGUAUCCCGACGAAGCAUAUAAGAAAAGACCAUGUAAUUGUACAAAAUCGCAAUGUCUUAAAUUGUACUGUGAUUGCUUUGCGAAUGGCGAGUUCUGCUACAAUUGUAACUGUCGCGAUUGUUACAACAAUUUGGACAACGAGGAGGAACGACAGAAAGCGAUUCGCGCUACGUUGGAGCGGAAUCCUAGUGCGUUCAAACCAAAAGUCUGCGCAGUGAGUGCCGCAGAAGACUCAUUACGCCAGCACACUAAGGGUUGCAACUGCAAGCGGUCCGGUUGUUUGAAAAACUACUGCGAGUGUUACGAGGCAAAAAUUCCCUGCUCGAAUAACUGCAAGUGCAUAGGUUGUCGUAACACCGAGCAGUUCUCGAAAGAGUGUGAGUACGCAUCAGGUCUAGUGAGCAGCGCAAUAGCGGCUGGUAGCGAAGCGGGUGUCACAAUUGGCGUCGAACUGGAGCAGCUAUCCGGUGACGAUAGUAUGGCAGACAGUAGCGGCGGUCAAGUCGGUCCUUGUUCUGCUGGUGUUUCGUCUACUGUUGUCCUGACAACUGGUGGUGCAGCUGGAGAAGCCUCGUCUCUUGGUAGUGGGUCGGGAUUAAAACGUCCCUGUCCUACUGAGCCGGAUCUCACUCAGUUUCCACCUUCUAAGCAGCCGUACAACUUCAUGACGCCGGACGUGAUCGAGGCAACGGUGCAGUGCAUGAUUGCACAGGCGGAUGAAUGCCAGAAACGUGGCUGCAAUAUUCGUACAGCGGAACGCAUGAUUCUGGAAGAAUUUGGACGCUGUCUUGUGGAAAUAAUCGAUUUUUCUACUAAAUCGGACAGCUAAGUACAGAAACAACGCAAACAAUACUAUCGUACUCUAAUUUUCAUUUGUUCGAUGACGGGACAAAGUAUAUUGCACAUAUAUUUAUCUUCAAACGCUUUCUACAUUUACUUCUGCUAGAUCAUAGAGAUUAGUGAUUAGUUGGAUGUCAUCACGAUGGCAGCAAAUAACAAUUUAAAAUUAUGCCUCAUCGUUCGAUGGAGACUGUGCAACUUAGAUGUUUAUAUAAUAGUUAAAUGAAAAAAAUAUCUGACCAUUUCGUAAUUUAUUGUUCAUUUUGUUUUCGUUUUAUUUUUUAUGAGGCCUAGUCCGUUAUUUCUUCUUGGCAUGGCAUGGCUAUAUCUCAAAUUUUCAAUAUAUUUACAUUUAAUUAACUACCAAAAAUUAAACUGAGCAGUUGCUCCUCUGAUAGAUAAUAGAGUUGACUUUUCACUUAAACAAACUACGACUAUGUAAAAAAUGUACAAAUUAAUUUCGUGGUUGAUAGUAAAUCAUAGUAUAAUUUAAUCUACUGAUCAUAGCAGGUUUGCUACAAUAAUAUAAUAAAUCAUAGAAACACA